AUGACGGUGGACGAUAUCGAGGGUCUUGAUUUUAGUAGGGAAAAAGACGCUUAUGGUUUCUAUGUAAAGUAUGCAAAAUGCAAUGGUUUCGUUGUUAGGAAAGAUGUUGUGGUAAGAAAUGUUAGUGGAAUGAUUAUAACGCGGAGGUUUUUGUGCAACAGGGCGGGAGAAAGAGGCCAAAAACACUUGACUAGGGUUGACUGGAAAAGAGAUCAUAGAGUUGUCACCCGGAUUAAUUGUGAAGCCCACCUUCGUAUACAUUAUAAUGAAGAGAGAUUGAGAUGGGUAGUGACUUCUUUUGAAGUGUCCCAUAACCAUGAACUAAUCUCAUCUACACAUAUUCAUUUAUUUCUUGCCUACCGUGGAAUGACUGAUGCUGACAAAGCUCAGAUUGACAGCCUACAUUCAACCGGUAUGCAAACAUGUCAUAGAAUGGGUCACAUGGUGGCAAACAAGGGUGGAUAUGAAGUUGUUGGUUUUAUAAAAAAAUAUUUGUAUAACUAUUUUGGGAAAAAAAACAAUCGUUGA